AAAGCGUUGCUGUGCUCAGUGUGUAGCUGACAGGAGAGUGGUGAUGUGGAGACACACACAGGUCUGAACUCAGAGCCGGACAGAUCUGCUGCUCGGCGCGGUGGACUACUUUAUCUGCUCUACAGACGUAAAUAGCCUAUAGAUCAGCCGGUCGAGGAUUUGGAUUUUAACUGCCAGUGUUUCCUGUUUGACAGCUGAACUUUACGCAGUGUUACAGCAGGUGAGUCUACAUGGCUACACCUGAGGGACAAUUCUCAUCGAAACCAGUUUGUUCUCUCCUCCGGAACUCCACUUGUUGAUGGAAAACAUCAGGCUAUCCGGGCAGUCGUUUCACGGAGUUAUUCUUAUGCGUAAUUUGGACAAAGCCCCUGUCUGGCGGCAGGGCUGAGCAAGUUUAAAACCCUGCGAGGUUUAGUAGCAGACGGUGGUGAUGUCUGGAUACCGGUAACAGCUCAUCAGAUCGUGUUACACACUCAGCCUGCCGCCAGGUGAGCAGCGGCAUGGGGAACCAAAUGGACAGGCUGUCACAUUUAAGUUACGCAGAAGUUCCCACGGUGGACCCGAACGGCGUGGACACGGAAGAGGGUCCACGGAUUGGCGUCUCUUACAUCUUUUCUAACGACGACGACGAGCUGGAGGACGGCUGCGCGGCGGAUGGCACACAGAGAGACCCGAAGCAGGAAGAGAAACACUACGAUCAGCGCGACGAGGUGGAGUGCGCCGUCUACAACAGAGAUGAAUGCAUUUACGAAAAGAGCACCAAGAGUGCCAGCCUGGAGGUUUACUCUCCUGAGAAUCUACUCAACAAAUGUAAAGCGGGGGAUCUGGUGGAGUUUGUGGCCACGGGGCAGUACCCACACUGGGCGGUUUAUGUUGGGGACUUCCAGGUGGUGCACCUGCACAGAGCCGAGGUGAAAAACAGCUUUCUGACGGAUGCAAGUCAAGGAAGGAGAUGCAGGGUUGUAAACGACUUUUACAAAUUCAAAGCUCUGGGUGCGGACAUGGUGGUGCAGAACGCGAUGGAGCAGGUGGGCUUAAAGGACCGAGAGCUGAGCUGGAGGAACUCUGAGUGCUUUGCAGCCUGGUGUAUGUUCGGUAGGAGGGAGUUCAAAAUGGGCGGGGAGAUCCGGAUAGGCAAACAGCCGUACAGGUUGAAAAUCUUCAUGUCGGACAAGCAAUCGCACACGCUGGAGUUCCAGAGUUUGGAGGACAUGAUCAUGGAGAAGAGGAGGAACGAUCAGCUGGGCAGGAGAGCCGUGCUGCAGGAGCUGGCUGCACAUUUCAGCAGCGUGGAGGCGAUACAAAGUGAACGGCUCUGACUGAUGUGUGCCCUUUCCAAACAACGGAGUACAAUACCAAACUGUUACACCCUGCUUUAAUCUAUAGCAAGCCUCAUUUCUGACUUUUUCUUUUUUGAAUUGGAGCCAAAAUGACAAAUACGAUAAAAUGACAACAUUAUUGCCUUAAGACACAUUGAUGCUGAAUGGCCUUAGCAAUUUGAAUUUAGUUAUCUGAAAGAAAUUCAAUUUGUCAGUAGGGCUGUUUUUUUUUGGUCCACUCAGAAUGUAUAGAUUUAUAAAAGCUUUACACAUCUGUCUUAAAGUGUCCGGAUUCUGUAUGUAAAGUGUCCCUGUUCAUGGUGUGUCCUGCUACUUGAUCCUCCCUGAGCUCUCACAGAGACAUCUGAGUGUCAGAGCUGCAAACAAGAAGGAUCGUGUCUGCCUUUAAGGGUCAUAUUAUCAAACCAGCACAUCUGAUUGUGGAGUUUGUUUUGUUACACUGAUCAGAAUCUGUCUCGACUGUACCCGAAAAGUCAAGUAAAAUGUCUGUCUCUUUUUGAAACAAGGCUCCUUGUCUCAUUGUUUUUACUUGAAGAUAGAAAAAUGUGGUUUGGCUGCUCAAAGACAAAGGUUGUAGUUUGAAUACUUUUCUGUAGUCAUAAUGUUAUCUCACAGACCUGUUAAUUUUUUACCUGCAGCAGAAAACACUUUUAAGAAUUGCACGAACAGCGAAAAUGAAAUGCCUAUUUCCUCCUCUUAAGCUUUUUUUUGGGAUCAGAACUCCAAUUUUUUUAUUUCACUAUGUCAUUAUUAGAAAGUUUCACUAAGGCGCUUUUUAAUUAUUAUUUUUUUUUACCCAAAAUGUUUGGUAUAAGGAAAGUGCCUUUAAUUCUGUGUAAAGAAGUUUUGUAUUUCCAAGAGGUCAAACCAGUUUUCCCGCCCUGCAUAAGGCUGGAGAUCCAUCAUGCGCUUUGCAUCGACUCACUGAAGGUCAGUGUGAGCAAGUUUGGGGUUUAAUUAAAUCCAGUGUUGAACUGACUUUCAAACUUUCUUCACUUUUUACUUUUGUUCAUCAUUCACCUAUUGCUUAAGGAUAUGGGGUGCAUAAAUCUGACAUAGGACUGGGUCAAUUGGUCAACUUUAGUAAACCAAUUGACAAACAAGAUGUUCUCCUUUUCUCCUGUUUUAUAUGAUUAUCAGAUAGUUGUUAAAGAUGUAGGACGAGGAAGAAAAGUACAUUUGAGGAUGUUCUUGGAGACUAAUGCGCACAACUCUUCUGUAUCUGGUAACAUUUCAUCGUAAAUAAUCUAUGUGCAGCUCUACUUGUUUCCAUCAUACUACCACUUGUAGGGAGAGACAAUUAAAGGAACAGCUGGAGAUGGAGAACACACAAAGCAUUACAUUUACAAAGGGAGGCCCUUAAGUAAUGUUCCCUCAUUCCCCUUGAAUACCUCGCUGCAGCCCUGACAACACAAUCCAGAUAUAUGCACUGAAACGGCAUUCAAUUUAAAG